AUGCGAUCAACAAUCUCUUUGGCUUCCAUCUUGGCCGCGUCCACCGCCGUCGCUAAUGGGUUCUCCCCAGUCGAACCCAAUGGCACAGUGUCUGCAAACUGCCAACACGCCUGCACGCAACUAUCCAACAUAUUCGGUCCCGCGUUUCACUAUCCCGACAACGACAAUUUCUCCAUCUGGGACGCGAAGCAACAAGAGGUUCGUCCAGCUUGCCGCGUCGAGCCUUCCAACGCAUCCGACGUCUCCCAAAUCCUGCGUAUCCUAGUACAUGCCUGGUGCCACUUUGCAGUCAAGGGCGGUGGCCACUCACGACACGCCGGCGACUCCAACUCCAUCGGUGGUGUGACAAUCGACCUGCACCGCAUCGCACAGGUUGACAUACUGAAUGGUAAUAGAGCGCGCGUAGGAGGCGGAGCAAAUACCCAUCAGGUCUACGAAGCCCUCGAUGCCCACAACCUGUCCUUCGUCGGUGGACGACUCGGAACCGUUGGCGUUGGCGGAUUCACCUUGGGCGGAGGGACAUCUCCAUUCUCAAACAAGUACGGCUGGGCGUUGGAUAACGUCUACGAGUACGAGGCUGUUCUCGCGAAUGGGAGAAUCAUCACUACCAGUGAAAGUCAUAAUCCUGAUCUCUACUUCGCGUUGAGAGGUGGGGGAAUAACUUUGGGAUUGUUACGGCUUUAA